AAAUAUGUACUGUAAACAACUGUACAGAGUACUCUAAAUAAUUUGAGGUUACAGCUGUGUAAAAACUGUAAGACUAAAAUGCUGUUUAUCCUUCUCCUCCUGUUUACCAGCUCCUGUUUCGGUGGCUGGUUCCUGUUCGACAACCAUGCUCCUGCUCUACUCCCUACUGUCGCUACUCCCCGGGGUGUGGGUGGAGAGGGAGGCGGUGGUCCCGACCAUCACUCUACUGCUCCUGCGUGUGGAGUACGGUUUAGGAACGCUAUGCUGGGCCGGGGGAAUUCGCAGGAUCUAGACAGUGAUACAGAGUUUGGUGAAUAUCCUUGGCAUGCUGCAAUUCUUACCAACAAACCUACCGGUCAACCUGGAGAAUAUAUUUGCGGAGGCGCAGUUCUGGAUGGUUCCCACAUUGUGACCGCGGCGCACUGCGUUAAAUCUCUAUUCCCGGAGGAGUUAACCGUCAGGGUUGGAGACUGGGACGCAUCAGCUGAUAUAGAGUUGUAUGAGCAUGGUAGCUUGCCUGUUAGCGAUAUAUUUAUUCAUGAAAGAUUCUACCCUGGUAGUCUACAGAACGAUAUUGCAAUCAUCAGACUUCUGCACGAAAUAGACUGGAAUACUUAUCCCCAUGUGUCUCCAAUCUGUUUACCAAGUUAUCCUCCCCCCGCUGGUUCUAAAUGUUGGGUGACAGGCUGGGGAAAAGAUGCAUUUCUUCAAAAGGGUGAGUACCAGGCUAUCCUACAGGAGGUGGAUGUUAAUAUAGUUGAUCCCUUGGUUUGUGAAACUGCUCUCAGACAUGCAGGCUUAGGAACAAGGUUUAAAAUGCAUCAUGGUUGGCUGUGUGCAGGAGGAGAGGCGGGUAAGGAUGCAUGCUCCGGGGAUGGCGGUGGACCUCUGGUCUGCGAAAAAGAGAAUCAGAACGGAGCUGUUCUUGCUGGGCUCGUCAGUUGGGGAGUGGGUUGUGGAGAGCAGGGAGUACCUGGAGUCUAUACUAAUAUUCUGAACUAUGUAAACUGGAUCCAAGAAACAUUAAGUAUCGUAUGAAUCUUACUCUAGUAUUUAUUUAAUUGAAUAUAAAUAUAUCUCUCAUUAUCUCA